UGAAAGAACCCACCCCCGAGUGUGACGUACCCCGAGAUUCCGCGGACGCCAAAACUUCGACUCGUGGCCAAAAAUAUUAUUCCUCUUCUCCCGGGGACAUCCUCUUUGUUUAGCUGCACUUCAGCAGACCCUGGAAGUACAUCUACCUUUGGCACUGCUUCUACUUUCCACUUAUAGGAAUCAUUCCUUGUGAUCGUGAUCCCAGCUGGUAUCUUUCAAUACGAACCAGCUGUCGUUCGCAACGCCACGAACGAGCCUAGCGUUGUCAAUUAUUGGCAUCCUUGUGCUACCCCCUUUAGCCGGCAAACCAACAACAACCCCUGCUCCGAUCCUCUUUUGCCCUAGUAUUUUCUUUCGCCUCACCUGUCACUGAGCAACUUUUUCUCCCCUCCAUCUUACAUCCCCCCCCCCCCUUCGAUGAUGAGCUCUUCAAGCGCCCAACACCGCCGGAACCAGUCGCUUGACCCUUUUUCAGAUCCCGACGUCUACUACGGAGGCGACGAUGGCAAAGCGCGCAUCAGGGAUCGCAAACGAGCAUUCUCAUCGACUUUGAAGUCCUUCAACCGGGAAGACAUUCAAGAGUUCCUGGGAGGCGGUUUUCCAGCGAGGAGAGCCAGUCACGAUGAGACCCCGUCAAACGACCGCAAAUUCCUUAUCGAUGUCGACAAAACACUGCACGAUCUCCUGAAACGGGAAGACACGGAUCAGAACAUGCAGAUCACCAUCGAAGACGUCGGCCCAAAGGUCUUCUCCGUAGGAACAGCUGCAUCAUCGGGAUACAACAGAUUCGACUUGCGAGGCACCUACAUGCUAUCCAAUCUUCUCCAGGAACUCACAAUCGCCAAGGACUACGGUCGGAAGACUAUUGUUCUGGACGAGGCUCGUCUGAGCGAGAACCCGGUCUCCCGCCUUUCCCGCCUUAUCAAGAACUCAUUCUGGACCGCCUUGACUCGGCGAAUUGACGGCUCGAACAUCGCCGAAGCGGGUAAGGACCCCAAGGAUUGGACCGAUGACCCUAGGCCUCGGAUCUACAUUCCUGUGGGGGCUCCUGAGCAGUAUGAGUACUACAAGAAGAUCGCAGAAGAUUACCCCGAGCUUCGCCUGGAUGUCCAGAUGUUGGACGCCAACAUCACACCCGAUUACGUGAAGGACCUCAACAGCAAACCUGGAAUGCUGGCCUUGGCGAUGGACAAGACGGUUGACGAGGCUACCCAGAAGACCGAAUACACCGGAGUUCCGUUCGUAGUGCCGGGAGGAAGAUUCAACGAACUGUACGGCUGGGAUAGUUACAUGAUCUCGCUCGGUUUACUGGUCAGCGACAGAGUUGACUUGGCCAAGGCCAUGGUGAUCAACUUCUGUUUCUGCAUCAAGCACUACGCCAAGAUUCUGAAUGCUAACCGCUCCUACUACUUGAUGCGCUCUCAGCCGCCAUUCUUGACUGAUAUGGCACUGCGUGUGUACGAGCGGAUCAAGCUGGAGCCCGACGCUAUGGACUUCCUUCGAAAUGCGACACUUGCUGCCAUCAAGGAGUAUUACAGCGUCUGGACUGCGGAGCCGCGGUUUGACCCGGUGUCGGGUCUUUCGAGGUAUCGUCCUCAAGGCAGUGGUGUCCCUCCGGAGACGGAGCCGACUCACUUCUAUCAUAUCCUUACUCCGUAUGCUGAAAAGCACGGGAUGUCUUUCGACGAGUUUGUCCAGGCCUACAACGAGCGCAGAGUCCUGGAGCCCGAGCUUGACGAGUAUUUCUUGCAUGAUCGAGCCGUGCGGGAGUCUGGACAUGAUACCAGCUACCGUUUGGAGAAGGUCUGCGCUAACCUAGCCACGGUUGAUCUUAACUCGCUCUUGUACAAAUAUGAAGUGGAUAUUGCGCGGGUAAUUCGCACCUACUUCAAAGAUAAGCUGGAGAUCCCUCCUGAGUUCCGGACGGAGGCCACCAAGGACAUCGCCUUUGAAUCCUCGUCUGUGUGGGACCGUCGCGCCCGACGCAGAAAGAUGCGCAUGGACACCUAUCUUUGGGACGAGGAGAAAGGCAUGUACUUCGAUUAUGACACUGCCAAGCAAGAACGAACGAACUACGAGAGUGCCACCACCUACUGGGCGAUGUGGGCCGGUCUCGCGACGCCGCAGCAAGCGUCUCAAAUGGUCAAGGCUCUCCACCGAUUCGAAGCGUAUGGUGGCCUGGUGUCAGGAACCGAGGAGUCGCGGGGCGUCGUCGGUUUGGAUCGUCCCAACCGGCAGUGGGACUACCCCUAUGGCUGGGCGCCUCAGCAGAUGCUUGCUUGGACCGGACUGAUCCGGUACGGUUACCAAGAUGAAGCCGAACGGCUGACCUACAAGUGGCUGUAUAUGAUCACCAAGGCCUUUGUGGAUUUCAACGGGGUGGUGGUCGAGAAAUACGAUGUCACUCGACCCAUUGACCCACAUCGGGUGGAUGCCGAGUACGGCAACCAAGGCGUGGAUUUCAAGGGGGCUCCCCGUGAAGGAUUUGGUUGGGUGAACGCCAGCUACGUUUACGGAUUGGAGAUCCUCAACGCCCAUCAACGACGUGCUCUUGGAGCCAUCACCCCUUACGAGACGUACAACAAGGCUGUCAGCGUGCAGGAUGAAAUCUUGUAAGCGCAUUCACUUGACAUGUCUUGGGUGAUUUGUCACUGCCUCGUUACGAGAUUUUGAAAUUCUUUUAUAUUUCCCGACGAUUUUGGGGUCGAACUUUGGAAACGUCCUUUCGUUCUGCG